GCCCAUCUGGAAGCAUGGCGAGCGAAGGAAUUGGGAGGAGGAGGAUGGGGAAGCAAACAAGGAGCAGUUCUGUCUGAGAAGAUCGCAAGCGAGAUGGGGGGCAAGAGAGCGUCGGCAGAAGUGCUGGCCGACGUUCAUUUCGAGGCGAAGAAAUAUCAGAGGAGCGAUACGGAGUUGAGCAACUUCAGCACGGCACCGAGCAGCCCUAGGGCAGAGGUCACCCACACUUUCCUGAAUGCUGUGGAGAAUCUCCUUCAAGCUGCACAGCUGGAGGGAGCGAAGCAGGCUCUAGGAGAUCCAUGUAGCCGAGGGAGCGAGAGGGAUGAGCACAAGCCCACAGCGUCGGGAGGGAUCAGCGUCGCAGAGCUUACCGACUCUCCGUCCUCCUCCUCCUCGUCCAUCUUAUCAUGGAGCAGAUGGAGCAUGGACACCAAGGAGAAUCUUGUCGAGAGAGAGUCCCCGAUUGCAGAGAACAUGAAGGCCUUUACAGUUGAAAGUUUGAUCAAAAGGGAGGAGCAGUCCGAACCAUGGCAGAUGCUGAAGGCCUCAGCUCAGGAGAACGCGCACUCGAUGCCUUCCUUGGUCCUGCAUGGGCUGAAGCAGGGGAUUUCCGGCAACAUUGCCGGGAGGAAACGUGUCGCU